ACGUCAGUCUCCUUUCUCAACGGCCAAUCAUGUUUCUGGAUAUUACUGUAGUUCACUCGCUUGGCUUCCUCUUGCUCAGGUAAACGGGAUAAUUCAUCUAAGCCCCAGGCCUAGUACUCCCUGCAGCGUUCCUCAUCAUGGAGGUGAAUGCCACAGCUGACAUUUUGGGCUCUGCCUACCUCGCGGUGGAGUUUGUGGAUGCAGCAUUACCAGACAACCCUCUACAGCCCUCUUUCAAGUAUGCCUGGACCUACAUGAUGGACAACUACACUAAGUUCCAGAUUGCCACCUGGGGGUCGCUCAUUGUCCACGAGUUCAUCUACUUCUUUUUCUGCCUGCCUGGUUUCCUGUUCCAGUUCAUGCCCUUCAUGCAGAAGUAUAAGAUCCAACAGGAUAAACCCGAGACCUGGGAAAAGCAGUGGAAGUGUUUUAAGAUGUUGCUGUUUAACCACUUUUGUAUCCAGCUGCCCAUGAUCUGUGGAACGUAUCAUUUCACUGAAUACUUUGGCAUCCCCUAUGACUGGGACUCCAUGCCACGCUGGUCUUACAUGGUGGCUCAGUGUUUUGGUUGUGCAGUGGUUGAGGACACUUGGCAUUACUUCCUCCACCGCCUCCUCCACCACCGUCGGAUCUACAAAUACAUCCACAAGGUCCACCACGAGUUCACGGCUCCGUUUGGCAUGCAGGCAGAGUACGCCCAUCCUCUGGAGACUGUCAUUCUGGGCUCAGGCUUCUUCAUCGGCAUCAUGAUCUUCUGUAACCACGUGCUCCUGCUAUGGGCCUGGGUUGCAUUCCGUCUUCUGGAAACCAUCGACGUACACAGCGGCUAUGACAUCCCUCUGAACCCCCUCCACCUCAUUCCAUUUUACGCUGGCACUCGUUUCCAUGACUUCCACCACAUGAACUUUGUGGGGAACUACGCUUCCACCUUCACCUGGUGGGACAAGCUGCUCAGUACUGACAGCCAGUACAACAAACACCUGCAAAAACACGAGGGCAAGAAGAUGCAGUGAGACACACCUACUGUACCUGCAUACACAUAUACAGACAUACCUACCUACUGUACCUACCUACAUACACACAUACACACCUACCUACUGUACAUACAUACAGACACACACACCUACCUACUGUACAUACACACACACACACACACACCUACCUACUGUAUGUACAUACAGACUACACACGUGGGAGACAAACAAACAUACAGUGUCUAUAGUAGGUGCUGCUGUUUUUCAGGUUCUUCUCUGAAUCAGUCUCAGUGCUUCUGAAGAACAAAGAUUAUCCUUGAAUCACAGGCACAUGCACACACACACACACUUUUACACAGCAAACACAAACUGAGCAGUGGAUUGUAUUACCAGUGGGGGUCAGGGUCAAAGAGGAAGUGUCUCUGAACUGACCUGUGUGCCUUUCCUGAAGAGAAAAGUAUAUUUUGGGGGGUUCCUGUAGCUGAAUAAAUGAGAACGGUAACAUUGUU